GGUGAUAAGACGCACCUGACAAGCAUCCCUUCUACCUGGAAAGUUUACAGACAGGUGGCAUCAUGUUUCACCUACAAUAUUCCCAAGAACGUGACUUUCUCACCUGGGAUGAACUGGGAUGUCUGAGUCGAAGCCUUGGGUUCCAGGUGGAUCUCUUCCGAUGUAAUGUCACUGAUGAAAUCAACUAUGACGAUAGAGGUCUCCAUAUUCAGGAAGUGUACCGCGUGCUGGAGUACAAGCUUUUGCACAAAUCCCUCCACCUUACCUUCAACAUUCACACGGAUACCUGGAAUGUGGCCGCCCUGAAGAAAGCCGUCAGUUUGGUGGAGCACAAGGCCUUCACGUUUGAACAGUUGCACUGCAUCCGUGUGGCUUACCAGCUGUACGAACACCAAGACAGCAAGGGGAUGUUACUUCAGCAGCGAGUCAUACUCAGGACCCUUAAGAUGUGUGGCCGGACAAUAGCUCCAUUAAAACUGAUGCACCGUCUCAAACAUAUGAAGGGCUAUUUCGUGGAAGGCGGUAGAAUACAACUUGAUGAAUUCCUCGACUUAAUUCUCUGGUGUGACAUAUACGAGGGGUUUCAAUCAGACGAGCUCAUCUACAGUCGUGGGAUGGAUAAUGAUUUGUUCAAGCUGGUUGCCUUUGACCGCAUGUUAACUCAUCAUGACCAGAGACUAUCUGAACGACUCAACUCGGAAUACAUGGCAGACGAGUGGGACUUUGGGCAGGAAUCUCUGGGAAGUAAACGAAUGUUUAAGGAACCACCAGUCAAUGAUCAAAUUAGAGUCCAGCAGGUUCAGAAACAAAGAGCAGCUUUCCAUCCACUGAGGACAGAGGUGGAUCGUUCUCAACACAGGGUUUACCGGUCUCGCGUUGGCUUCGUUAGACCGCGUCCUCUGACGGCUCCAGAUCUCACUCGCUAUGGGCAGACAACUGCGUCUUCUAACAAAUCUGCCGAUGGCACAGUGGCCUUAAGUGCCUACGAAAUCAUGCAAAAACUGCGUAGAAAGCCCCCUUCAUCAGCCGAUGCCUCUAAACUACGCCAUACCGAACCAUUUCAACCAAUCGCCACCGAGAGAAAACAUAUACCCUCUGUUGUCACAGCUGAUGAUGUCACAGACGCGGCAAACAAACUUCAUGACGUCAUGUUUCAAAUGGAAACACUGGAAGUCAGAUACGAAUAUGAAAUGAAAAGAGACCUGGGCUUCCUGUUACCUCAUUACACGGGGGGUCCCCGCCGUGUGCACGGACCGGAUUCGGAAAUUGCAAAGAAUAAUCCAAAUCUAAUUAAAAAGAAAUCUUCAAAAAUAUCUCUCGAAGGUCGAAUUGAUCAAUUAGUGCAUCCUCGUUCCCAUGCGUCUGUGAGUCACUCCAGGACGUGUGACGCCAGGCACCGGGGCUGGCAUGCUGCAAAUACCAACGAAGGGCGCCAUUACAUACUGAGUUCACCUACACAUCACAGAUCCCCACAGGCUCAUCUUCAUCAACGUCUCUUUGAAAAGUCUUCCAAGGAAAUUCGACAUCUACACGGAAGCUACUUGUACCGCCAUACUCCUUCACAACAGGAUGGUAUUGGGAAAGCACGGCGACCAUCCACUGCCCCGAGCACAACCAAUGGAGGCCAUUCUAUGGAUGGGUCACAAAGCGACUCUGAAGAGACCAAGUGUAUGGGUGACGACAUGUACAGCGUUCAGGCAGAGGGUACCAUCAGAGGAUUAUCGGAAGCCCAACCCCUGAUUCGUGAACCGACAAUACCUAAAUGUACGAAAGUUGAACCAGAGAAAUGCAACAUUCCCUCUAACGACACAUUGACAAAGGACGAGCCGUCACGUGAUUGUCCUGACCCACUGGACCAUGCGAGCUCCGAUGAGAGAAUCCCCGCGCACGGUGUGGAGGACGAAAAAGAAGAUGGCCGCCAAGAUGUAAAUUUUUUGCCGCCACCUUCAGCUGACGCUGUUACAAGACAGGACGAACUAACUACCGCUGAAACCUCGACUUCUAAAGACAUUUCCAAAGAAAAGAGCUGCUUAUCGCCUCCACCACUGCCAGUUCCGUACAUGAAGCAUUCCAAACCGGCCGUUGUGGAGGUUGGACAAAUUGGUAAAAUAUCGCUCCUAGAAAACAUUGCUGAGUCUCGUUUCUACGAGUCUGUUGCGGAAAGCUCUGGUAUCAAAAAAAGCAAAAUCACCAACGGCUCGUUAGAACCGUCUGCAAAGGAAUCGAGAGGUGAUCACAGCGUGGAUAAUGGAAUUGUAGAGUGUGACUUGAAGACAGUUUUGACAGAGACUGCAACAUCUGAACAAGAAUCGUCCCACAUAACCCAGAUCGAUGCUGAAGCGGAAGAAGAGCAAAAACUCAGAGCUAUUGCCAUGCUGCGCAUUUACACCCACAGACUCGCCACACCUCGAAGAGGAAGCAAACGCUGGAAACAGAGUAGUCGUAGUGUUGCUGGUGAACGAAGAUCUGUAUCAGCGAGGUGUUCCCGGCCCUCGGGGGCUAACCGCUGUGGAAGAGUUUGGGAGGAAGAUGGGUACCGACGUGUCACCAAGUCUGCACAUGAUAAAACAAGGAAAAUGAUCAAUGUGUUAACAUCCAAGUCUUUUAUAAUCUCACAGAAAACUGGACCGACCAUAUAGCUGUGUAUUUCAUAAUCACACAAGUCUUUCUUUAUUUACCCUGUUUUAAUGGUCUAGGCGUUUAUGAUUUAAUUAUGUUCCAGAAGCCCACUGUGACCUUCGAUAAGAAAUGCUUUUCUCUUCAUUUCUUAACGGUCAUUUCUUGCAGAAUUGCAUCGUUAGAAUGAGUACUUUUAUUGGAAACCUAUAUGUAAUGAAGUUUGUUCUGACAGAAUGCACUGUAUCACAUGUUUGUGUGUUUCAAGAGAACAACAAACCUAUAUAAGAACAUCGUCUUACUUAAUUAGCAUUUAAUUAUUACUUUCUCAAAACCUUAGUUCAGUUCCUUUUACAUGAUGUGUAUCAUUUUCCCCGGGCCCUGCCCGGUUUCCUUCCACUAUAAUGCCGGCCGACGUCGGAUAAGUGAAAUAUUCUUGAGUACGGCGGACUUGUCUAUUACUCGUGUAUGUGGGAAACCAGGAGUAAUCAAAUGCGGCUGUGUAACAGCCGUCUCUAGAGAAACUCUAACAGAUCUCUAUUGAUCAGCAAACUGCUAGAAACUAUAUGUCAGAGAACUGAACGGAAUCUCUGAAUCCUGUUAUGAUCUUGUCGAUUUGUAUAAUCCGGGCAGUGUGAUAACACUCAUCGAUUGAACUCAAGAUCAUUCGGUAGCUGGAGGCAUCGCUAUAUGUGGGUUAUAUCCUCUGGGUAUUCAAACUUUUUAGAAGCAAUGUCCAUACAGAAUUUCAACUGGAAACUUGAAUUUAUUCUUAUAUGAUACACAACUUCAGUGUUCAACAUGUAAACAUUACUAUGGACCCCUGGUUUAGAUGAUACAUUAAAAAGCUCUAAACAGUUUUAGUUUAUGAGUUAUGAGCAAAGAGUUCAAUUCUGUAAAUCCUAUUGUGUUUUAGUUCGUAGCCUCAAGUCUCCUAUGAAAUGCUCAUAGCCAGUGUUCAGAAUUCAAUCCCAAACUGAAUGGUUGUCACUUGUACACUGAGCCUAAUC